AUGGGAGGUAACUUCCACAACAGCUCAGGGCUGCCUCACUUCACCCUGACAGGGCUACCCGGGCUGGAGACCUCCCGACACUGGGUGUUUCUGCUCCUUGGUGCCCUCUACAUGGUCUCCACUGUGGGCAAUGGCCUUAUCCUUUUCAUUAUCAAGGAGGAGCAGAGCUUGCAUCAGCCUAUGUACUACUUCCUGUCCCUACUCUCAAUCAAUGACCUGGGUGUAUCCUUCUCCACACUGCCCACGGUGCUGGCCACAUAUUGCUUCCACCUAAGGGAAAUCAGCUUUGACUCUUGCAUGGCUCAGAUGUUCUUUAUCCACCUCUUCUCCUUCAUGGAGUCUGGGAUCCUGCUGUCCAUGAGCUUUGACCGCUAUGUGGCCAUCUGUAACCCUCUGCGCUAUGCCACAGUGCUCACCAAUGUCCACAUGUUGUGCAUGGGCUUGUCUGUUUUCAUCUGCAGUUUCUGCAUGGUUUUCCCACUUCCUUUCCUUCUGAAGAGGCUGCCCUUCUGCAAGACAAAUAUACUCUCCCACGCCUACUGCAGGAGACAUGCUGAAGGGUCAAAUUUCAGGAGUGUUUAUUGUUACUCCACAAAUUUAAGCUUUCAAUACUUUUGA